GCACCAUUUUAACCAAUGAAUUACCUUUUCCUCAUAGCACCACUGCCUCGUGAAACACUAAAUGAAUUGACGUCCAACUGUGUGGCGGUCUUCAUUGGAGGGUACGACACUACACGGCUGGUAUUGACUUUCUGGUUUUAUCUGAUGGGAAGACAUCCUGACAUACAGGAGAAAAUGCGGCAAGAAGUUCUUGAAGCUUUCGAAAAAGAAGGAGAUCACCUAUCAUUCCAGACUAUUAUGGCACUUCCUUAUACGAACCAAGUAAUUUCUGAGACCAUGCGAAUCUAUCCAACAUCAACCACGUUUACAUCGCGGUGUGCGGAAGAAGACUAUCAAUGUGGGAAAUAUAUCAUUAAGAAAGGAACGUCGGUAAUAGCGCCUACGUAUUUGCUGCAUCAUGAUCCGGCAAACUGGCACGAACCGGAAAAGUUUGUCCCAGAAAGGUUCAGUCCAGAAAAUAAGCACUUAGUCAACCCAACUGUGUACCAACCCUUCGGUCUGGGCCCCCGGAUAUGCAUCGGAAUGCGUCUGGCGCUUCUCGAGAUAGCCUCAGCUACUGCUCAGGUGCUUCGCCACUAUCGUAUCACCCUGGGCAUCAGUCAGAAGCAUGACCUUGAGCUGGACACAUGCUCCUUCCUGGUCAUUCCUAAAGAAAGUGUGCGAAUUCGUUUGCACAGACUCAAAGGCGCCAAGUAAAUCUUCAAGUGGCACUUGAUCAGAAUGCAUCUUACUCUAUUGGCAGGAGACACUAGUACGAAAUAAAAAAAAAGCACUGUUCUUCAAACAUAUUCUGUAAGUAGUCCCAUGUAGUGCAACAAUAUGCCGUAACAGCUUGGUAAUGUUCGGCGAAACGCUUCAAUGAGACGCUCGAAUGCGAGUUAA